UGAUCAUAAGCAUUAUAAAAAUGUUAAAAUGAGAAUAAAUAAAAUUAUGUUUUACCAAAACUUAUGAUAUAAAUAAAAUGAUUGAGAUCAACAAAUAAAACACUUAAAAUUACAAAUAACAACUUGUUUAAGAACGGAGUGAGAAAUAAUAUAAAUUAAUUAAAAUUUUUAAAUGAUAAAUUAGGCGAACCGGCUGACCGGUUCAAUUUGGCGUUCAUGUUCAUAGAACAUCUAAAAGUGAGGAUUAGAGAAGGAGGUUGCUUAAAUUAGAGGAACUCGAAUGCUGUGAUCUUCAAUUCUUCUGCAAAAAAUGAAGCUUUUCGGAAUGGAUUUUGGUUGUGUGUUUGGAUCCCUUCGACAUGGCCAAAUUCCCGAUAAUGAUUGUUUGCUGCCCUUAAUUUCCAAAUUACUUGGGUAUUGUAUCGUUGCUGCUUCCACCACUGUCAAGAUCCCUCAGAUAUUGAAGAUCUUAGAACACAAAAGUGUUCGAGGUCUCAGUGUGAUGGCCUUUGAGCUUGAAGUGAUUGGCUACACAAUUUCCCUAGCAUACUGCCUUCACAAAGGCCUCCCUUUUUCAGCAUUUGGGGAAUAUGCAUUUCUGUUGGUGCAAGCUAUUAUUUUAGUUGCUGUUAUCUACUACUUUUCUCAACCUGUGGGAACGUCAAGAUGGAUGAGAGCAUUGUUAUAUUUUGGCUUGGCACCAACAAUUCUGGCUGGUAAAAUCGAUCCUAUGCUAUUUGAAGCAUUAUAUGCAUCACAACAUGCAAUAUUCCUCUGUGCAAGGCUUCCUCAAAUUUGGAAAAACUUCAGAAAUAAAUCUACUGGGGAACUCAGCUUUCUAACAUGCUUUAUGAACUUUGGAGGCUCCAUGGUGAGGGUCUUCACCAGCAUGCAGGAGAAAGCACCUACAAAUGUUGUAAUGGGCUCUGCCCUUGGUGCCAUAACAAAUGGUACCUUGUUGAGCCAGAUAGUCAUCUACAAGAAGCCAGAAACAAAGAAAGAAAAGAAGGUUGAAUGAAAAAAGCUUGUUUCAAACGAACACGAGGUAUUUUGAUAGCUGUGAUAAAUAGUUGAUGCAGCUAACAUGUGGUGUUGCAACACGUGAAGUCACGAAAUGAUCUGUAGCAACUUCUCCAGUUUCUAUUUGUGUACGACGAUUGGGGAAGUAAUGAUGGUUUUAUAUAACAGAAAUCUGUGCUGGCACUGAACCAGAUGUAGUUUUUCUAGUGUCAUGCUGAACAUUAUCCCACAGGUAAUUGUUUAUUAAUACAACAUAAACUAUGCUUUUACAGUUUCAUAUAGUGAAAUUCUACAAUUGUAGACCUUUGCCGAACAUUUUGUAUGGAACUUGGACACUCGGUCUCUUUCAUUUUGUAA